AAGAAAUCAUAUACUUAAAUUAAUUUUUUUUCCCCCGGUAAACAUAGUUUUGAAACCUAAACUCUUCUGCAAACUUGUAAAAUGAAAGUUAGUGUAUUUUUUUUUGUUUUUGCCUGUCAGGUCGCUUUUGGUUAUGAGGUCCAACUGAAAGAUGGUAUUGUGCCGCAGAAAUUGGCACCUAUUCAGUUUUCUCAAGAAAUACUGCCUAAAGUAUCAUGGGAGCAUAUCAGAGAUAUUGUCCUGACCAAAGGAGAACUGAAAGCAGGAUAUGUUCAAGCAGAUGUUACAGAAUAUGUUCUCGGGGUCAUGACCGAUGUUCAAGAAGUUAUUGUGAGGCAGGGUUAUGAUCCUAUGGAAUUAUCCGAUGAGACAAUCAAUCUGUUUCCUGGGAGUGUUACUUUAAAAAAUGGAUGGUUGUCAGAUGCCUCAACAAUUACAGUAUGUGAUUCAGUUAUUGCUAAGUAUACUAUCGCAACUAAAGUUUUGGAUAUUGUGCUACCAAUAUCCUUCGAUUGUUUUCUGAUUACCUAUGAUUAUCAUACACAAAUAAUUCUUUUAAGUAUCAAUGGAGACGUACAAGCUGAAAUUAAACACUUUAAGUUAGAACUUGAGUUAGGAUUUAAUUUCUCUAGCUACCACGCUUAUGCCAGUAAAGCUAAUGUUAAAGAUAGCGGGACAAUUUCUUUCAAAUUCACUGGACUAGGACUUUUAGAUUGGAUUAUAGAUCUGAUGAUUGGAGUAUUCACCACUUUUUUCCAUGGAAUUAUUUUAAGUGUAAUCAAUUUAAUUAUUGAAUCCCCAAUUCAGUCUAUUGUAAGCGCUAUCAAUAAUGCGAUAGAUCAAUUUCUUCAAAAUAAUGCAACUGUAGCUGUCACGUAUUAAUAAAGUGUUUUUACAUUUUCAAAUAAUGAUAGCCUCUCUAUUAGUUUUAUGUAAAAAUUUUAUUUGAGAGCUUUUCACUCCAAUAAAGCUGUCUUUCAAUCGGGCCAAAAAAUUAAUAUUCUGAGUAACGAGAGUUUAGAAGAUCGAUGAAACCAAAUCCAAUUAUUCAAUAAAGGAGUGAUCAGUUGCGGGGGCUCAACAUUUUUUCAUCCCAGAAAUAUGUCAGCCAUCACCGGUACUCUAAGCAGGUAGCGCCGCUACUAUAAAAAAGUUUGAGUCUGAGAACCCUUUAAAUAAAAUAAAUAAAUAAAUAAAUAAAUAAAUAAAUAAAUAAUAGUUUAU